GGGAAUAAAUUUUACUUCAAGAAGAUUUCCCAUUGAUUUUACGCUGAACAUAUAAACGUGUUGUCCUUAAUUCAAUAUAAUUUUUAAUCAUGUCGGAUGUACCAGAUCUUAGUAGUGACGAAGAGCAUUUUGACGAGGAAGAAUGGCAAGAAAUGGAAACCAGUAACGUGUCGGUAACAUGCUUGUUUUGUUCAGAGCUGAUUUCUUCUGUGGAAGAAGCUUUGGCCCACUGUGAAACUUCGCAUAAAUUCUCUUUAAGUAUUCUAAAGCUCAAGUUUAAUAUGGACUGUUAUUCAUACAUAAAAAUGAUAAACUACAUAAAGACAAACAAGCCAACUGCUGAAGAAGUUAUGAAAAUUAAGCACCCGCCUUGGAACGACGACAAGUAUUUGAAACCUGUUGAGAAUGACGAAUGGCUCACAUUCGACUUCGAUUCUGUAUCUGAAAAACCUAAUUCCCCCAAAACAUACCAUGCCAAUGUUGAGAAUGGUGUUGUUACUCUUUCUCAGGGACAUUUUACUGAAUUACAAAAAACCAUACAAACAUUGAGCGAACAGUUAAGUGAGAGUCAAACUCAUCUGCAAAUGGCCAAGGAGGAUAUAAACAAAAUGCAAGAUUCAAUGAAAACAUUAGUUGAAGGUGGUCAGUCCUCAAGUUGUGAAGUAAAAAAUAAAACAAGUUGUGUCGCGAGUAUUCCUAUAGAGUGUGAUGAAGGAUACUUUAACACUUAUGCACACUUUGGAAUUCAUUACGAUAUGCUCUCAGAUAAAGUACGAACAGAAACAUAUCGUGAUGCCAUUUUAAAAAAUAAAGAAACCUUAAGAGAGAAGACUGUACUUGAUCUUGGUUGUGGCACAGGAAUACUGUCAAUGUUUGCUGCAUUAGCGGGUGCCAAAAAAAUUUAUGCCUUAGACCAAUCUGAUAUAAUAUACCAUGCAAUGGAUAUAAUAACAGAAAACAAUUUACAAAAUGUAAUAAAGACAAUUAAAGGUAGACUGGAAGAAACAAAACUUGAAGAAAAAGUUGAUGUAUUAGUUUCUGAGUGGAUGGGAUACUUCUUAUUAUUUGAAGGAAUGCUGGAUAGUGUAAUAUAUGCCAGAGAUAACUGUUUGAAGUCAGGUGGUUUGUUAAUGCCUAAUAGAUGUAGCAUAAGUAUUGUAGCAAAUGGUGAUGUUGAUACACACAAGAAGCUAAUAGAUUUUUGGUCUGAUGUUUAUGGUUUUAAAAUGAACUGUAUGAAAUCUGAAGUAGUAAGAGAGGCCAGUAUAGAUGUAGUUGCAUCUAAAUAUAUAUUGUCUCAACCAUAUGUUAUAAAUGAAAUAGACAUUAGUACUUGUGAUACUACCGUAAUGGAUUUUACAUCAGAAUUUAAAUUGGAGAUUCUAAGGGAUGGUUAUUUGACAUCUUUAGUAGGAUAUUUUGAUACGUUUUUUGAUCUGCCCAAUAGUGUGUCAUUUUCAACAGGUCCUCAUUCAACACCCACACACUGGAAACAAACUGUAUUUUAUUUAAGAGAUUGUAAAGAGGUUAAACAAGGCAGUGUUAUAACUGGCACUAUAAUUUGUAAUAGGCAAAAAACAGAUGUCCGAGCAUUAUCUGUGCAGAUAGAGAUAUUUGGAAAAAUUCACAAAUAUAUACUAAGUUAGAAAAUACUAAUAAAAGUGUCUAUUGUAAUUUUCGUAAUAUUAAAUGCCACCAAUUCUUUUAUUAAAAUAAAUUAAGAAAGUUAACUUUGAUAAUACAGUUUGAUAUUUCAUUUAGGAAUUAAUUGGUGAUAAUGGUUCAAUAUAUUUACUGAAAAAUUGUUUUGUAGUAUUUCAAUCAGCUGAGUUUUUUGAAGGAUUAAUUUAGUUUUUUUUUAUUAAUCUAUAUUGCUUUUGUACUAAAGUAGUGAGCAUGGCAUCGGGUGCAUCAGCACCUUAUUGUUAGUAGUCACACUUGUUCAUAGACAUCAGCAUAUCCAGGGGCUCAGCAAACCUACUGCCUACUGCUGAGGACUUUGCUAACUUCGUUUUAAGAAGGACAUAUAAUCAGUGGUCAGGAAAUACUGAAGGGGAGUUCAUUCCAGUAAGAUGGUGGUACAUAGUAAAAAAGUUUUCCUGACAUACUGUGGAUAAAAGCAAUGGUUCUGGAUAAUAUGGACAAAUUCAGCUCUGCUAAUGGGAAGUGUGAUAAUAAAAAGGAGAAGAAUGGAUCACUGGAUGUUUCUUCAGAGUACGUCCCGUGGGGGCAUGUGAUACAGAAUAAGAGAGAAGUGAAGUUCCACUAUAGACCCAGAUGUUCAAAACAAUCUGUGUUAUUUUUAAUUCACAUCAACAGAUAACGAUAGUUUUAUUUUUUAUUGUCAGUAAUUAAAAAUACGUAUGGUGUUAAGUUGCAAUGACUGAUCAUUUAGUUGAAAUCUGAUCAGCCUUGCAUUAAUGAUUGCAGUUUUUAAGGAAGUUAAAUAAAACAAAGUUUUCUACGAAAAAUGUUUAUUUUAUACAAUAAUAUGAUAAAGUUACACAUAAAUAAAAGUUGUUCUUUUUAUUAUUUACACAAAGACGAACCUAACGUUCUACUAAACUUAGUACAUGAGAUUUCAAAGAUUUAAAAUACAUUACAUUAAAAGUGACAUUGUUAGUGGGUAAAUAAAUUCAUGUAAGUACAUAGUGAAUACCUAAAUUGCGGAAUACAGUCUCCUAUUAUAAAUUCUAUAUGAUUUAAACCAAGCCGCAGCACAGCGAAUAUAGCCAAAAUAUAGUGAAAAAACUUAUGUAUAAUAUUAUAUAGUGUUGAUUAUUCAUGUGGACGCGUAAGACCGACCUUGAAGUGGGAAGAAUGUCAAAAAAUACUGAAAGAUCUGUGGACAAUUGCGUUUGUGAUUUUUUAGAAACUAAUUUUUAAAGACAUUGUUGGCGAGGAAGAGGAGGUACGCUAUGGUGUAAAUGAAAAAUGAACGUUUUAUUAUUUUUGUUUUAGAUUGUAUUUUAAAAUAACGGCUGUGAUGAUACACAGGUACAGUAGGCGCGCGAGUUCAUGUCCAUCCUGAGGAAUGCACUACCUGUGACCUAGUUAAUUAUGGUAAUGUCGAUAAUAACUACCGAUUUAGUCAACAGCUGUCA